UGUGGUAUUUUGUUCGACAUAUACAGAGGAACUGAAUGUGUAGGAUUAAUGUAGCAGGUUUUGAUAACGUCAUCGUAGUUGUGUUUGUGUUUAGUAUUCUCGAAAAUAAGUUUGGGUUUAUGAGGAAGAUUCAUUAGGAAAGAUUUUCUUAAUCAUUAUGGAAAGGAAUUUUGUUUGUUGAAGUGAUGUCCGUCGUCGUUAAUAUCGUAAAAAUAAUCGUGUCUUAUAAUUUCAAAGAUAGAGUUUUUGUUUUAGAGCCUCGUGCAAAUUCUCGAAAGAAAAUCACAAGGUCAUAAAGUGGUGUAAUUCUGGGCCCAUGAAAGAAAAGAAAGAAAGAAUGAACGCAUAUGUGAACCCAAGUGAAAUUUAAAGCCAAAUGGUCUGAUGUUAAGCACAGAGAACCGGAAAAAAUGGAAUCCAGCCUUGAAAUAUUCUUCAGGAAUGUUCUAUGAUGACAUUUGGCUUUUUGUAUUCAUUGUGUUAGGGAGCAUGUAGGGUUCCAUUUUGGCUUUAUGUAGAGGAAGUAUAACAGGAAAUGCAUGACCUUUACAGACCAGACAGCCAAAAGAAACUAGUUAUAUUUUCUGAAAGAUUUUUUUAUUGCUCUGUUUCUUGAUUCAGUGAUUUGGUGUGGCUCUGAGGUUUUACAAAACAUGACACUUCAACAUUGAAUUAGUUUCACUUUGAUUCAUUGUACUCUCAUGCUUAGUGAACUUGCUAUCACAUAAUCUAGUGUAGGUGCAGUACAUGAACACAUUAAAUACUUAUACUUUCAACUACAAUUGAUAAUACAUGUCCCCAGUGACAAUUGUUUAAAAACAAAUAUGAUUUAUGUUUAUUGAUUCAGGCUAUAGAAUUAUCUUUACAAUUGUAGUAAAAGAAAUAAAUGUAUUAUGGAGUACUACACAAAAUAUUGGGUAUUUUUGGAAUACCUUUGCAUAACCAGUGGUACUGAUUUUGGAAUCAAUGGAUUUCUCUCACUCUCUACUAUCCAAAUAUACCAAAAUUUCCCUGGUACUUUUCAUGCGCUCCCCAGCUAUUUGGGCCAAGAAUGUGGGGGCUUGGGAGGUUCUGUGGCAUAAUUCUUACAUAUGUGUGUCCUAUAGGGUGAAAGGAAACCAUCGUUAUCAAAAUCGUCUUGAUCAGUUAUGUGAAGAUAUGUUGGGCAAUGUAGAAGUGCGGCAGUGGGUGGAAGGAAUCCCUAUUGCCAUUACUGUGUUGGUGCGAUCUCCAAUCACUUGGUCAGAAGACAACAACAUAGCUGUUGUGACUCAACUUGGGACAUAUAUUUUUGAGCUGUCCCUGUCAUCGGAGGAAUGUUCACCCAGCAUAGUUUACACUCGGUCCUUUAUCCCACCGCCAAAAGAACCAAGCAAAUGGCAGAACACAGGAAUAGCAGUGAGACCAAUGGUAGAACAGGUAGAACACAGUGCAAGUCAUGCAAUCAUGCUCGAUGGCGUGUUGUCAGCUGGACAGAGAACCCAAAGUGAACAGUCUCCGCUCAACAAUCGAAACCUGUCUCCUGCCAUCCCUGGAGGCAUCGCAAAUCACUUAGGAUAUCACAGAGGUGCUUGGUCUCCAUAUGGGGUGGGGGUUCAGAGUAGAUGCUUGCUAGCUCUCGUCACACACGACCACCAAAUGUUGAUCGUAGGCCAGGAAGGGCGGCAGUGGAACAAGUUAGCGGAUAUAACAGGCUUGUGGUACAACCAUGUCUCUGCCAAUUCUUGGGCUUUGACCAGCCUUCCAAAAUCGAGUCCGUCACACGAGGUGUUCACUGCUAGGAUGAGCAUGUUAUCCAUAUUAGCAAUACUGUGGACCCCACUGUGUGAAGAUAAUGCAGGUAAAUUCAGUGUCCUGCUCACCACAACAGCAAGUGGCCACAUAGCAUUUUGGAGAGUGCCUGCAGGUUUUAGUGGCAAAGAGGACAUUCACAUCAUUGGGGUGAAGGAAGCUAACAUCAAAUCUGUGUCGGCACUUCGUUGGAGUCCUGUUUGUGAAGGCUGUGGUUAUCUGGUGGUGGGUAACAGUAAUGGGCAAGUGAAGAUCUUUUAUUGCAAGAUAGACAGCAAUGGAAUUUUACUGAGAGACUUGGGUUUUGCCUUUGAUGAUGAUUACAGAAUACAGGUGAACUAUGUACAGCUUGUUCAUCUUGUCAAUGAGCAGUACUUGCUUCUUCUUGGAAAACACAAUAUAUUUGUUGCAGCAACAAUCGAUCUCACAGAGGACAAACUGCAGAUUCACAAUAUUGCACACUGCCACGUUGGAAAGUUGGCAAUUUCAGGUGUUGUGUAUUUGGAAAACAGUAACAUAUAUGUCGCAGUCAAGGAUGGUCUGGUGCAACGCCUUUGUGUCAAGUUAGAACCUGAAAGAAAUAUCUCCAUUGAACUCACUGGAAAUUCAUUUCGUUCAGAGGGCGUUGCUUUCACUGGCCUUGUGACGUCACCAAAUGCUUCACUCUGGGGUAUCCUAGAGUCAGUAAGUGUUGCCUAUGACCACUUGGUCGUGCGAGAACCCACACAGCUCAACAUUUACCAAGUGAGCAAAUCUUCAACAAUCAUGAAUCACCUGCUGGAAAAUCCUGUUUCUCUUCAUAGUCAUGCAGAUCUUCUUGAAAGUCUCAGACUCUCUGCAUGCAAGGGAGGAGGACCAAUAAAAUUUCCAUCAUCUAGAGAAAUUACUAGUUGGCCUCUCCAUGAAAUGAAAGUGUUUUACUGGCUGGCAAAGAUGAGCAAAAACAUUAGAGUCAGUGACAUAAAGCCUAUAGAACAUUUGGAAGAACUAGAACAUCAGCUACAGGCAAUAAUACUGGAAGAAUGGAUAAGAGAUUGUCUUAAGAAUUUUACCAAUACAGACAUUCCAGGGGACCCAUCCAUUGCUUUGUCUAUUUCUUUAAUGUGUGAAUGGCUGGGUAGAAAAGACAUUGAUAGCGAUGUUGAGUUAUCAGAGUCAGUGAAAAAGAAGAUUGGCAUAGUGAGCAACGAGCAGUGUCUUGUGUGCAAAGAAAGCAUCAAACUAGAUUCCCUUGUUCAUGGAAAAUGUGAAAAAGGUCACACACUUCCCAGAUGUUGCCGAACAUUUUUAUUAAGCCGACCAACAGUGCAUUGCCCUCGCUGUAAAGCUUUUGUCCACUCUGCAGCAACUGUACUGUUAGGUGGGAGUCCAACCUGUACCUACUGUGACGGCUUGAUGGCUGAUGAAAUUGGAAGCAGGAAGAGAUCCAGAAAGUAGCAUGAGGAAGAUGUCAUCUAGAGCAGAGGCAGCUUUUUUUUUUGUUCUCUCUCUGUCUCUCUCUCUCUCUCUCUCUCUCUCUCUCUCUCUCUCUCUCUCUCUCUCUCUCUCUCUCUCUCUCUCUCUCUCUCUCUCUCUCUCUCUCUCUCUGUCUCUGUCUCUGUCUCUGUCUCUGUCUCUGUCUCUGUCUCUUUCUCUCUCUCUGUCUCUCUUCUGUAUACUUAACAGGGUUUUAUGAUAGUUGGAUAAAUUUUGUGGAGAAAGUCAUAGUAUUUAUUACCCAUAUUAUUUCUCCUCUUCCACAGAAUGUCUUUCAUCAUGUGUCUGUUCUUUUGUAACCAUUAAAAGAGAUAAAAGUA